GGCCACGCUGAGUCCUUCUUGGUGGAGACUUGCAUCAACAAUAUGUUCUCGAAGUAUCAUGCUAUGCUUGAAAACAUUGGGAUUAGUCAGUUUGCAAGGUUGCUCAAUGCUGCUAGAAGAACAGCCAUCUCUGUUAAAGCCAUCUCUAUCGGGAAAUCUAUGGCGAAGUCAACAGAAAAGAAAACCACUGCUCAUACCUUGGCUCUCUGUCCGUGGCCAAGGACAAGAGCAGAAUGCCUCACUCUUAAAGUUGGAAAUAAAAUACUUGCCAAGCACUUAGAUUCUUUUGGCGAAGCUGAUCAUCUUAUAUCGCCAGAAGAGUUGCCAACCCUCCAUGAGGCUCAACCAAUGCUCACUUCUCUGGAGUCCCUCAAAGCUAUCAAUCUUGGAGAUGACCUAGCAAAUCCCAAGCAUGUGCAUAUUAGUACCACUCUUUCUAUUGAUGAAAAAGUCAAGAUGAUUAACUUGCUGCGGGAAUAUAAGGAUGUUUUCGCCUGGAAUUAUGAUAAAAUGCUAGGGCUUAAUCCAGCUUUGGUGGCACACUCUUUAAAUGUUGAUCUUAAUAUGAAGCCAGUUGUGCAACCAAAUCGUGCCUUCCAUCCAAAAGUUACUCUAAAAAUUAAAGAAGAAGUUGAGAAGCUAUUAGCUGCAGGAUUUAUCAAGCCAACAAAGAAGCCUACUUGGCUGGCCAACAUUGUACCGAUUCAAAAAAAGAAUGGACAAAUCAAGUGCUGCGUCGACUUUCGUGACCUCAAUAAGGCCUGCCCCAAGGAUGAAUUCGUUGUACCAAAUAUGGAUGUACUGAUGGAUAAUAUGGCUAGUUGUGAAAUGUACUCUCUUAUGGAUGGUAGUAGCAGAUACAACCAAGUCAGCAUGUGCCUUAGCAAUGUAGAGAAGAUUGCUUUUCGCACUCCUAUUGGCAAUUUUUACUAUGUCGUUAUGUCAUUCAGGCUCAAAAAUGCUAAGGCUACUUAUCAAAGAGUCAUGGUGGCAAUUUUUCAUGAUUUCAUCCACUUGUAUAUUGAAAUCUACAUUGAUGAUAUUGUGAUGAAAUCUAAAAUAAGAUUGGGCCACUUUGAUGUGCUGAGAAAAGUUUUCAAUAGAUGCCGCUUGUACAAGCUGAAAAUGAACCUAGUGAAGUGUGCAUUCGAUGUCUCCGUAAGGAAAUUUUUGGGUUUCCUUGUGAGCAAACAUGAUAUCAGUGCAGAUCUAGCCAACCCUUUAUUGAAGAAAGGAGCUGCUUUCACAUGGAUAGAAGAACGGCAAGGUGCUUUCUCACAUCUGCAGAAUCUCAUGCACAAGUUGCCAACCAUAUCUAUCCCUGUCCAAGGCAGGCCACUUAAAGUCUACUUGUCUACCUCUGACAAAGCUAUGAGUGCACUGGUUGCCCAGGAUGACCAAGAAGGCAAGGAACAACCAAUCUACUAUGUCAGUCGAAACCUCACAAGCGUCGAGUCAAGAUACAACUCAUCACCAAGUCUCAGUCCAUCCAAUACUGGAGUCCAGUAUCCUAUCUCCUACGAAGUCUCAAGCGGUGAGGUUGCUACUACACAGGAAAUCGAGGAAGAAUGGAUUCCACGACUGAAGGGGCUAGGGCUGGCGUUGUUCUUAGAGAUGACAAAGGCCAUGACAUGGUGUUUUCAUUCAAGCUUGAUUUCCAGUGCACAAACAACACCGCGAAGUAGGAAGCUUAUCUUAUCGGCCUUGCUAUGGCUAAAAAGCCAACAUCUAAAGCAGUCUUUCGCUAGCAUUAGAUAUGAACAGGGACCACGAAUGGAGAAUCGAUUGGCUGAUGCCUUAGCCACAAUUGCUUCAAGGGUGUUCAUGGCCAAGAAUCCCUUCAGCGUGUAGAUUGUUCGAAAAGAGCAACCCAUCUAUUAUGGCUGCGAGUUUGUUUUGCUUAAGCUACCUGAUCAUGUUGACUGCUAGUAUGCAAUUUACAACGUCAUGUUGCAGCAAAAAUUUGAUGUGUCUUUAAAGAACCUAUCCGGCUAUGUUAUUAUUUCU